UAAAUAUGGCAUUAAAUAAGUCUUUAAAAACUGGUCAUUUAUAUUCUGGGAGUGAUGGUGGUAAUUCAAUUAAUGAACAUACUGAUAAUAUGGUUAUUAAUGAAAUUAACACAUCAAAAUCGACAAUUGAAGAAUCUAAAAUGAAAUUUAGUGCGAUUAUUCGCAAAGUUGUUGAUAAUGAUGUUAAACGAGCAGAAACUUCUCUUAAGGCUCUUUGUGAUGUAAUGCCUCCACAGUUACGUUUAAUAAUGAACGGUUCUUCUAUUAAUGAAGUAUUCGGUAGUGUUAACAUGGAGAUCCAACUUUCUAAUGAACAUAAAGAACGAAAGAUGGAUGAAUCCUAUAGUUUUGUUUCUCCUCCUUCAACCGUUGCCAAUGAAACAAAUGCAAACAAAGAAAUAAAUUAUACUCGGGAAUCAAAUGACUUAUGGAAAAAUAAUAUAAAUCAUCUAAAUAAUCAGGGUAAUAAUGAUCAAGUUCACAUAGAUGAAAAAGGAAUUGAUAAGCAAGAAGAGCUUUCAACAAUGUCUACGCAUCAUGAUGACCAUACUCAAUCUGAAAAAAAUAAAACUAUAGAACUGACAAAUCAUGAAAACUCUUCCACUACAGUUUUUUCAAACAAACGAAAAUCCACACAACCUAGGAAAUUUAUUAUCGAACACCAUGAAACAGAAAGCAGGAUCAUUCGAAAGAGAGCUCGUCCACAUACUAAAAAGAGGAAAGAUAUCGUUUCGAGCGAUGAAUCUGAAAAUAUGCAAGCAUAUUCAGUUGACGAUCGAGAUCAAAUUAGUCAGCAUAACACUGAAGAGUCCUCAGAUGAUGAUUCGAUUUCUUAUAAACAUGUAAAAUUGUCUACUACACCUUCAAUAAUCGAAAAUCAAGAUUCCCAUAAACCAAAAGGACGUUACUCAACCAGAAAGUUGGCAAAUCCAAUCGUCCAAAAAGGAAAAAACACCGUCGUUUCUUCUAUAAAUUCUGAUCACAGUAGUAUGUUACAACAAAAUGGAUUGAGUAAAACGUCGAUGAAAGCGGCAAGAAAAUUUGCUGCACCUGUACCAAAACCUGCUCCUGCUAAACCACAACGGCCUUUAGGUUCAUUUGGUUAUUUUCGUAAAGAAAUGUUCGAUAAUCGAGAUUCCGUGUUAAUUGGUCUUCCGUGGAGAGAAUGUAUAAAAAUCGUAGCACAACGCUGGAACUCAUUAAGCGAAGAGGAUAAAGAGCCUUAUAAUGAACUUCAACGUGUUGCGAGCAAGAGAUUUAAAGUGGAGAAUCGUGUAUAUCUUGACUAUUUAAAGGAAAAUGGGCUAGUGGAAGAAAAAAAGAAUAGGAUUUCCGAAAAAAAUGCUGCCAAACACACAAAUGAAAGCAAAAAGAGAAAUGUCAUAGACGCUCCUGAAGGCAGGAAGCCACGUAAAGUUUCUAAUAAUAAUUCUUUGAACAAGCCAUCGACAAUCUCAAAAUCAAGAACUGCCGCGAAUAAAAAUCCUAUUCGUGCUGCUGCAGCAAGCCAUCGUAAACCUGGUGUGACUAAAAUCUUUAUCCCCUUUGUUCGUAAAAACUAA